UCAGCCUCAAGUAGGGCAAACGUUUUCCGUUCCCUGUGCCUAGCUAGGGUGUGGCUCGGAUGACUUCCUCAAUUCAGGGCUGGGGGAGGGGAAGGGAGACCCAUCCGAAUACAGACCUGAUGCAACAGUGAUGACUCCACUCCUAAGUGCACCCUGCUGACCUCAAUGCCCUGGGGCUUGUCCCCAGCUAUCCACACCUCUUGUGUGCCCUACUGCUCAGAUUGCCGACCCCCCCCACCCCCCCGUUCGGUUGCAUUUCAGGGAUGCCAGAGAUCAUGACUCCUCUUUCAGAGGUGACACCUCCUCACCUGACCCCUCUCUGGGAGCAACAGGACUGCCACCUCCCAAACAAGCCAGGUCUGGGCCCUGAAAACGGUCCAUAGGGACAAGGACUUUCCCCGCUGAGGGGGGUUCCCCAGGCCUGGCUAGCCCGAUCUUGACCCUGUAUGCCUGUUGGGGGGAGGGUGGGAGGGGGCAGGGAGUUUGAACUCUGAACCCAGGACAGGCAGGGGCCAGGGUGCCAAGACCCUCCGACUCUGCUUAGGGCCCCUCUAGGGCUGAAGUUUUCUCUGGGUCUGUGGGAGCUGGGCGGGGCCUCGUCUCUGGCUGGGCUCUAGUUUCCGUGGAAACCCACAGGCUUCCCACCCCAGCGCUGCCUGGGCAUGCUCCCAGCUGGGGCCUCAUCCACAGCCAGCCUCUCCUCCCGAGUCCAGUCCGCUCUACCUUGGCCUCUCUUGGUCCCCUCCCUGAGUCCCCAUCCCCAGGCCAAGCCUCUGGCCUCCUCCACUGGCCUCUGAUGCCUUCAGGAACCUGGGCCUCCUGCCUCAUUCCUAAACUUUAGCUUCUCAGCAAACAGGCCUCCCAAGCUCUUGCCCCUCCCUCUCGGGCCUUUCUAUCUCCUCACCAGCUUUAGGGCUCAACCAGGCCUCCUGCUCCUUCCACCUACCGCCUCCCACGGACGAGCAGACAACAGGCCUCCUAGGCUGUUCCUCCUGCUCACUCCCCUGCCCUACCCCACCCAUGGAGACCCCAGGACUGAUUGUGCACGGGGAGGCUGCGCCCUUUUCCACAGCACUCCGAAGCCUCGUCAACAACCCCCUAUACAGUGAUGUUCGCUUUGUCGUCGGUCAAGAACGGCAGGAGGUGUUUGCCCACCGAUGCUUGUUGGCAUGUAGAUGCAACUUCUUCCAGCGACUUCUGGGCUCAGAGCCGGGCCCCGGGGUGCCUAGCCCUGUGGUGCUGAGCACCGUGCCAGCUGAGGCCUUCCUGGCAGUGCUGGAGUUUCUGUACACCAACAGUGCCAAGCUGCACCGCCACUCCGUGCUGGAAGUGCUGACGGCGGCUGUGGAGUAUGGGCUGGAGGAACUGCGAGAGCUGUGCCUGCAGUUUGUGAUGAAGGUGCUGGAUGUGGAGCUGGUUUGCGAGGCCCUGCAGAUUGCCGUAUCCUUUGGCCUGGGACCGCUGCAGGAGCGCUGUGUAGCUUUCAUAGAGGCCCACAGCCAGGAGACCCUCCGGACCCGUGGUUUCCUGGAGCUGUCGGCACCCGCGUUGCUGCUCCUGCUGCGCAGCGACAAGCUCUGCGUGGAUGAGGCCGAGCUGGUCCUGGCAGCCCGGAGCUGGGCGCGCGUGGGCGCGGCGGUGCUGGAGCGGCCUGCGGCCGAGGUGGCGGCCCCGGUGGUGCGGGAGCUGAGACUGGCCUUGCUGGCUCCGGCAGAGCUGAGCGCCCUGGAAGAGCAGAACCGGCGGGAGCCGCUCAUCCCGGUGGAACAGAUCGUAGAGGCGUGGAAAUGCCAUGCUCUGCGGAGAGGGGAUGCGGCCCGGGGCGCCCCGUGCCGCCGCCGGAAGGGUACCCUGCCCCGGGAGCAUCAUCGCUUUCUGGACCUGCCCUUUAAGUGACCAAAUGCCACGACUUGCGAGGACUUCUGGGCCUCUCCUAAACUACAGCUCCCAACAUGCUCCGCGCUCGGAGCGGGGUUCCGCUCCCAGAAUGCCCGGCUAGCGGGGCGCAGGAGGGGCGGCAGUCUGAGACGCGCAGGGGCUGUGGGUGAGGUUCCGGGGGAGGGCGAGCUUGAGCGGCGCGUCAGUGGGCUGAGCCUUGGCUUCAAGGCCCUCGCGAAGCCGGGAAGUGGGUUCCUUCGCGCUGUGCUCUGGCGUUACAGCCGGCUCUUGGGCACUCUCGCCCACCCUGUUUACUCAUUUAAUUCCCACAUAUCGUUUCAGCUCAGACCCUUCUUAAACUCCAGACCUGCCACCUGACGAUCUCUCUCUAAAUGUCCUACAGAGACCUCAGACUCAAUCCAAAAUUGAGCUCGCCCCUCAUCUUUCUCCAGUUUUGCCCCCAUCGUGUUUCUCAUCUCCGUGGGUGCCCAAGCCAGAAGUCUACCGCUCAUCCUUGCUUUUUUCCUCUUCCUCACAUCUGCCUCCCGUGGCUUCUACCUUUUAAGAGGCUGAAAGUUAGCAGAAUAUGCCACCCCAAUAUAUGCCUUUUUGGCAUAAGGUUAUUUUAAGCUGAUUAUUUUGAGAAAAGGGAGAAGUUUUGAUAACAGAGAAGUUACCCUUUUGUAAGGGAAAUUUUUAGAAUGGAAAUCUCCAUUUGUAAGGGUGUCUCGCUCUCUGUACCAGGAUGACUAACUCACAGGAGAAUCUUCCAGUGAAGUCAGUGAAAUCUGCUUAAUAAACCUUAUCCUUGCUUUUGGUGCUUUUUCCUGAUGGCCUUCCUAUAACUGGCCUCCCCACAGUUUUCUUCCUGUUGUUAGCUGAAGGAGGUAUUUAAGCAGGUAUUUUAGGCCACCUCAGGGAGCUACUCAUUUUCCCCUGGGUAUUUCCUAUGUAUACAUGAGAUAUACAUGCUAAUAAACUUCUGGGUUUUUUUGUU